GAAAAAGAAAAGAAAAAGAAGGAGACAAUUUUAGAUUUAACAAAAUAUUUAGAUAAAUCUAUCAGAGUGAAGUUUGCUGGCGGUAGAGAAGCCAGUGGCAUUUUAAAAGGCUUUGAUCCACUUCUGAACCUAGUUCUGGAUGGAACCACAGAGUAUUUGAGAGAUCCAGAUGAUACAUUUAAACUGACAGAAGACACAAGACAGUUGGGUUUAGUGGUGUGUCGAGGUACAUCGGUCGUUCUGGUUUGUCCAAUCGAUGGCAUGGAAGCAAUUCCUAAUCCUUUCAUGCAGCAGGAUGGCUGA